UCAAAUCGCUGUUAGAACUGCUUCCGAUGUGAUCCAGUCAUAAUUGCUAUAGUUUUCGUUUUUAAACGAUAUGUUAAUUGCACCGUUGACAGUUCAGAGCUCUAACGUUCUGGUUAAUUUUAGCACUAUAUGCACGCCAAAUCGAAAUUUGAAUCGGAGCAGGAGCGGAAAAAGAAAACAAUCCUUUUAAGAUUAAUAUGAAGACAAGAAAUUACUGCUCAUUGUUUCUUGGAGUUAUACCUCAAUGAUCAGUAUGAAAAAGAGCCCAAAACGGCCCCUUAUAUUAAAAAGAAAGAAAUUAUCGCUUACGCAGAGAGAGGACAACGCCUCCAAGAAUGAACAGGACAGCAAGCAAGGGGACCUCAUUGCUCUCCGUGAUCAGAAAUUUCCAGAUGGAAUCCGCAUUAUGGAUCACCCGUCAAUGCCAAACACGCAGGUGGUGGUUAUUCCCAAAACUGCAGAUCUCCAAAGUGUCAUUGGAGCCUUGACUGCCAAAGGAAAACAAUGUGGCUCCCAGGGUCCAAACAAAUUCAUUUUGCUCAGCAGUGCAGAAGGUGCAGUUGGAGGGGAUAGACAUGAAAUAUCAAAGAAACUUGAAGUGCAGACAAAACGAGAUUCCCAUGUUGCCUCAGAUAGGACACAUUUAGCACUGUAUGACACCUUGGGUAUGUCCAAAAUCAUUCCAGAGCAUGCAAAUUCUUCUGGAGGAAUGGGGAGGAAUCCUGAUGAAGACAUUCAAGGAGAAAUAGAUAGCUCUGCAAUGGAUGACAGUUUGACCAACAUCCAGUGGUUAGGCACAAUGAAUACAGAUGGUCUGCCUUCCCACACAGUGAAAAAAGAAGCUGCACAAGAAAACUUUAGUGUGGGAUCUCAAACUAAGCAAGCUGAUGUUGAAAUAAGAGACUUGCAUACACUCAAAGAACAACAACAGCAUGAAAGACCCCCUUACUCAUACAUGGCAAUGAUUCAAUUUGCCAUCAACAGUAAAAAAGAUAAGAAGAUGACCCUGAAAGAAAUUUACAUUUGGAUAGAAGAACAUUUUCCAUAUUUCAGGCAAACUGCAAAGCCGGGCUGGAAGAAUUCAAUCCGCCACAACCUGUCUCUUCAUGACAUGUUUGUUAGAGAAACCACAGCAGAUGGGAAGAUCUCCUUUUGGACUAUUCGACCGGGAGCCAACCGUUGUCUAACACUGGAUCAAGUUUAUAAACCAGCAGAAUUAUCUGCAACACCUCCCUUGUUGACAGUACAGAUCUGUGAACAAAAAUCUGCACCUCAACAUCAGUCUAUUUUGAAAGUGUCUGAGAAAAGGAUGAAGCCCUUACUGCCACGUGCAGGUUCCUAUCUAAUACCCAUUCAGCCUCUACUUGUACCUCCUCUCCUGGUGUCACCUACCACACAGCUUUCUCUGCAGACUAAUCAGAAUGCUGUCUGUGGACUGGGAAAGACUAACAAAAAGGUUCGCAUUGCUCCCAAGGUAACAGCAAUACCAUCCCAAAAUCCAAAGGAAAUUAAAAAAGAUAACCUGCCUGCAACACCUAAAUCACAGCCAUCUUUGGCAAAUUCUUCCUUAUUAUCUAUAGACAAAACAAAGAGCAGCUCACGCAGGAAGCAGCGGCUUAUCCUUCCAAUUGCAGAAGAGCCUGUCAUUCUUUUUCCUGAGUCCAGCAUGUUCGACUCUGGAGUUUCAUCAGAUUUGUCUACUUUGCAAGACACACAACUGGAAAGUCCUAUUAAGAAGUGCACUUUCAAAACACCUAUUAAGGGUAGUCAUCCUGACUCAUCUACACCCAGUAAGUUUUCGGAAGAAGAUCAAGUGCUUUCUCACCAUCAGCAAGCACCCUGGAAAAUUACCCCACUUAAAAAAGACGAUGAAAAUCUUUUGGAGUUCAGUCCUAUUCGCACUGAACAGUUUGUGACCUUCCCAGAGGAUACCACUGGCUUCAGCUUUAGCAGCACUCCAUUUAAGGAUGUGCCCUUCUUUGACUCUCCUACAAACCUGCUCAACAGCCCUGCUAUGGAUUCCCUGGACCUUCCUUCUGGUUGUCUGGCAGAAUCUUCUAAGUCCAGGCGUUGUUCACGUGCACUUCAGAUAGGAACACCUGGCAAAAAUCGGUCAGUGACUGAAGGGUUGGUUUUGGACACUAUGAAUGACAGCCUCAGCAAGGUUUUGGUAGAUGUCAGUUUCACUUGGCUAGAGGAUGAAGAAUCGGAAAUGGGCAAUAUCAGUUGGUCUCAGCUAAUCCCAGAAUUAACGUGAAUUACAUCUUAAGUCCAACGGAAGUCACAUUGUAGCAAGCUUGUUGAAUAUUUAAGAGACGUAACUGUUCUAUGGUUUAUUUGGAAAUGUAACUGAAAUGUUUGUCUAAAAGAUCAGUUUUCUAAAAAUACACUUUUGCUGUGUGAAUGUGUAUGUUAUUUUAUUGUAAACAAAUGUCCAAGUCACUUUGCAAUGUUCUAAAUAAUCACUUUCAUUGGCAGUGUUAAAGAAAAAAUAAGCUUCUGUUAUUGGAUAGGAUAAUUAGAAAGUGUUCUUGCAUAACAAGAUUAAAAAAUAAGCAUGUUGUAGUUAGCAUGGGGGGUCAUAUAUGACCCCAUGCUUACUAGUGUAAAUACCUUUGCUUGGUAUUGAAGUUCUGUUUUCUCUUUAAAAUUGGCUUGUGAGUUUCUCUUUUUUAUUUUAUUAGCUUACUACAAAUACAUACAAGCAUUCAUAACAUUUCCCAGGCAUUCAAAUAUUAUGCCACAAUUCUUGCAAUGCACCUAACUCAUAUUGUUUAAGUUACAAUUGUAAAUAUUUUAUUUUAAUAAUUUUCACUUUGCACCUUUUUGUAUAGUUUGAUUAAUAAAACUAAAAUUCUACUUAACAUAAUUUUGUAAUGUUAUUAUCUUGUUGUAGUACACUACUGUGCUAGGCUAGAAUCAAUCCAUCUGCUUUAAAUUGUUUUCAUCUUGUAUAUAUUGUAUGUCUUUGAAAUUUUAGAUAAGUGCUGUAGUAAUACACACAUUUUUUUGCAUUGCUUUUAUAACAUUUUUUACAUUUAUUGUUGUAAUAGUACUUUUUGAGGGUACUUUAUAUGUACUGUUUAUUUUUAUUAUUCUACUUUAACUACUUUACCAGCAUCAGUUUAU